GAGCUGCCAGUAUUGUUACUGUUUGUAGGAGAAUAUCUCCGUUUUUAACAACUUUUUAACACAUUUUGUUAAAUUUUAGCCUCUUAAAAUAAAAAAUGGACUGUGUGGAUUUCCCAAGAGUUCUUCCGAAUUCACCAAGGAAAGCAAGAGGACAAAUACAGGUCAUCUUUGGACCAAUGUUUUCAGGUAAAAGCACUGAACUGAUGCGAAGAGUGCGCCGUUUCCAGAUAGCCCAGUACAACUGCUUAGUGAUCAAAUAUGCCAAAGACACACGUUAUUCUGACAAAGGAUUGGCCACCCAUGACAGAAACACAAUGGAAGCUGUACCAGCCAACUGUCUGACAGAUGUGAGGUCUCUGGCAAUGCAAGCCUGUGUCAUUGGAAUUGAUGAAGGGCAAUUUUUUCCAGACACAGUGGAGUUUUGUGAGGAAAUGGCUAAUUUAGGAAAGACGGUCAUUGUUGCUGCCUUGGACGGGACCUUCCAGAGAAAGCCAUUUGGAAACAUCCUGAACCUUAUCCCUCUAGCUGAGAGCGUGGUGAAGCUCAACGCCGUCUGCAUGCAGUGUUACAAAGAAGCUGCCUACACUAAAAGGAUAGGAGCAGAGAAGGAGGUAGAAGUGAUUGGUGGAGCUGACAAGUAUCAGGCGGUGUGUAGAAAAUGUUAUGGAGGUCUGGUGGUGGAUAAAGAGAACAGUGUUCCCUUCAGGAAUGAAACUCCUCAACAUGCCCUCACAGGAAAACUUGUGGACUCUGGGAUUCCCAGAAAACUUUUUUCUUCCCUCCACCUCUGAGCUCUUGUUGCAGAGAUUAAGCAGUGUAAAGAAAUGUGUCAAUCAAAUGAGGGUGGAGGGAAGUUGGAUUCUUUUAUAUGAAGUAUUAACUUGUGGAUUUUGGUGUCUGGGUACUUUAGAGCACAAGUUUACAUUCUUUUUAAGUAUGUCUUAUUAUUAUACUCAAUGUCCUUAUGUUUUUUAUGUUGCCAUGUUGUCCAUAUUAGCCACAAAAAUAGUUCCCUUUCUUAAGAGAUUUCAGUGUAAGUGAUAGAGAACAAAAUCCACAGUUUUCAUUCUUCAUACAAAUGCCUCUUUAAGUUCAGCUGCAGGUAAAAUAAUUAGACACAGGUUGGUUGUCUUCCACAGUUAGUCUAAUAAAAUGUCCUUGCUGAGACAAAUCAGAAGAAUAGUAACGGACUGUAACUGUGGUUGAUACAUACUUAACCUUCAGUCCUUUUGUUGUCAGUAAGAGCUGGAGAAGCAUUUACAGCAAACAUAACGUGUUUGAAUGUACAUAAGGGCAUGUGAGCGUUGUUUAAAGACAGUUUACUUUUUUUUCCAAAUCCAUCUGCCAACUAUCUUUUCCAGCGUCUCCAAGAGUUUAAUUUGAAUAUGUAUUUAGUGUUUAUAAUGUGGUGUCUUGUUUCAAUCUUGAUGUACUGUACAUAUAAUGGUAUUACACUUGAAUAUAACCCUGUGCAUAGGAUUUACAUCACUGUGGUUUUAAAUUAUUUCCAGUAAAACGAUGUAUUUUCUGUCAUUUUAUGCCUA